AUGCUUGAAGAACCCUCCGGGUUUGACGGGGGGUUCCACAAACAAUCCAUGGGCUUUCCAGGGAAUCCAAUGACUGAUCAUCACCGCAUGCCAAAUCUCAAUUACUCGAAUAAUCCUGAACGACGAAGUCGAAAGAGACUCCGAGCUCGCGAUUUAGCUUGCGAUGAUGAACAUGCUCCCCUUGUCGUCUCGGUUCCCAGUAAAGGGAUCAAGAUUGGCGAAUCCCAGGAUGUGUGGAACUUCUAUGAACAGCGAUUCACCAACUGCCAGCAGGCGGCAUGCAAGCUCAUUGCUAAGGCAUGGGUGAAGGCUAUUGAGCCCAAGAAGCAGUCUACAUAUCCUUAUACGGGGGGCGAUGACAAAGCGCCAAAGUGGUGGCCUAAACCAUGGGGUCUGACCAGGGAGGACAAGGUCCGCCACAAGGAGCCGGAUCAUCUUUACAAGCGGGAACGCCACCCCGACAUCCAGAAACUGAACCUUAACGUCAAGAAGCUUGAAGAGGUCGCUGCCGAGGCAUUGUCAGCAUUCUUUGCCGAUAAAGAAAACUCAGCGAACGUAAAAAAGCGACCGUACCUGAACGAGAUUUUUAAGGUAGCCAAGCAAGAGGAGAGGUUCAAAAAGAAAGAAAUCGAUGGAACCACAAAGGUGUAUGUGGUGGCAAGUGAUAAGAUCCCGGAAACGUGCUCCGAAAACGACGACGGAUCGGCCACGAAGGACGACGGUGACCGGGAUAUAUCAGCGACGAGACUGUCAACUGCGCAGAGCUUGACGCAGCAAACGCCGGAUUAUAGUUUGGGCACAGCCCCGCAUGGAUUGCCUUCUUUUUCUAGUGACUUUCUGGUGCAACGAACUCAACCUACGCCACAGAUAACCCCGGAGAUCACAACGAACCCACAUGGAUUCGUGGAGUCUACUGGCACCCAAACCUCGGUUCAUCCCAGAGGCGGAGACCUCACCCUCGUCGACAAUGGCACCGCUACCAAUCAAAACUCCAGCCGACUACCGCCGAUCUUGGGGCCCCAAGAAGGAUGUUCCGGACAGAUUGGUACCAACCUGUAUACCCAACAGUGGCCGCCUAGCUCUACUGCACCAAACACUUCGACCAGGGACUCAUUCGCCCAGCAACAGACCAACCCGUCAGCAACAACAUAUGCCAAUACAGGCGUUCCGGUCGGGGGCGUACCCCAGCGAACGGUGUAUGCCUCACCGGGAUACGGCUUCAUGGUAGAUGAUAGCCGAGGACUUGUAGGGCGCAAGGUCGACCCUAUUUAG